AUGGAGGGCUGCAUAUUCUUCCUUUAUGCUAUGAUACUUCUCCCAGGUAUUGCUGCCAGUGUGCAUCAGGUGAAGGCAUAUCUCAAUCACACGGCAUACCUAUCCUGCUAUCUUCCAAACACUCAGAAAAUCGACAUAAAGGAUUUAAGAGUUUUUUGGCAAAAAGGCCCUCAUGUGGUACACGAAGUGUACCACGGCCAAGAAAAAUAUGAGCACCUUAAUUCUGAAUACAUAAAUCGCACCAAGAUGGAUAUGGACAAAUGGACCUUGCAACUGUUAAAUGCAGAAGUUGUGGAUGAGGGACAGUAUAAGUGUAUUAUACAGCACAUAGAUAAAGGAUCACCGAAGAUCAUGCACACAUCUGAGUGCUCACUGCACAUCAUUGCCAACUAUAGUCAACCUGAGAUAGCACGACUGCACACUGGGGAACUAAAACCCAACAGAUACUUGAAUCUUUCCUGUUCUUCCAGUGGAGGCUAUCCAGAGCCUAAGGAGAUGACUUGGCUAAUUUCAUAUGAAAACAUAACGCGCAGGCAUACGCCUCACAUGGACAUCUCACAGGAUGCUGUAACAAAGCUGUACAAUGUUACUAGCAAGCUGAACAUCCCAGUUCCUACAAACACCCUCACUAUUAGCUGCUUGCUUCACCUUGGAGAGCAUCUGGGAAACCUUGUCUCAGUGCCACUCAUAGGUGAGUCUCCAUUUGAAGAGAAGGAGCAAGUAAAGAUAAAUUUCUUUGGCCCAGUUAUAGCUGUGGUUGUACUGAUCAUAUUUCUUCUGGGGUUUGUGAUAUUGAAGAAGAACAGAAAUACCUCAUCUAACAACCAGG